AGUCAUCUGUGAAACGCACCUUGACAGCAGACGGCAAUUUUUGAGCGAAGUCGGCCGUCAACUCAUCUGUGGGUGACCGAAAGUAGCGUAUCUCUGUUAAUUUCUCAUUUCGAUACUGGUUGAGUAGAUAAGGUGUUGUAUUGAGUGCCUCGAGUGUUGAGAGCAAUAACAGUAAAACUGGGGACGACCAGUGGUGUUUUUGUAACCAAAUGGUACGGUAAGAAAGUUCUCGCAUGCGGAGGAAUCAGCUGCAGUAGCAGCCGACGUUGCGGCGGCGUGGCGGUCGGUUUCGCUCAGGGACUUGACUCUGCAAAGCGGAGAAGGUGGAUUCCCGUGUGUGCCUUUCCUUUAGGGAUGUAUACAGUCUCUAAAGCACCAAACCAUGUGUUCUCCAAGUCUCGCAUGCUAGGUAUCACUCCUAAAUUUGCAAGCAUCGAAGCCACGUCUAAUGGUAAAAAAUUAACCAACGGGGUACACGAAAACGGCAACGCUGAGGAAUUAAGUGGUCCAAAGCCAGUAUUUUACCAAGUAAACGGCAGGAGGCCGCACUCAAGUGCGAGGAAGCAGCAAGAGGUGGUGCUGCCACAGCACGAAGAACUUGUACAGUAUUUACAAAACUCCUGGUCUGCAGUGUGUCAGGAAUAUGAGCAAGCUAAGCAACAGCAACAGUUGGAAGGCAUUUCGACAACGGUGGUCUACAAGCAGGUCCCUGACGCCUCCACACCCGAGUUCACGCCAUGCAACUUUGAACGCAUCUGGGCGGAUCACCACUACCAGAGCAUAAUGCGCUCCACCUAGGUCGGAGCAGUCUGCAUAAGAUGUGCAGCCAUGCAUCGAAGUGAGCCGAGAGCUGAGGAGUAGGAGAGGCUGCGCGUCACAGCCCAGGGAGGAUCUCGCCAGAUGUGUUCUCUCUCCACAGUGGCCCUGCUGGGCCUCGUGUAGUUACGUCAGGUUGUUGAACGUAAAAUGCGAAAUAGUCAUCUCGUGCAAGUACAAGGAACAGCCUCCAUCGUUUUUUACAGUCCCACAAACUUUGGUCGAGAAAUGGAUUGCCGGCACUGCAAAUUGCAGCCAUGUCAAAAUUGUGCAACAUUUUUUUGUAUUUGCUAGGCUAGAAAAUAAAUUUAUAUACAGCAUUUGUA